UUUAAAACAGAAUUUUACAUUUAUAAUUUUUUUACUUUGGCUUAACACAAUGAACAAUUUUCUGUAGGUAAAAUUGUUCAUUUUCAAAAUGCGCAGUUAGUUUUGGCACAAAAUUUAUCAAAAUCAUUUUUUGGAUACAAAAUUUUAUGGGGCCUAACCGACCUAUGGAGCACUAACUAAAUCAAGCAAAAAGCCAAAGAAUAUUUUGCAACCGGGAUCAGAAGAACCUCAAAAAUAAAAGAUUUCAAAUCAUUAGGAACUUGAAUAACCUGUAGGUGGAAAAAAGAGAUCUACAUAAAUUGCCAAUAUGACGGACAAAGCCGGAGGAGGUCCUCCCCCAGUCCCUUUUUUCAAAAAUGUUGUGUUACAAUCUCUUUCAGGUGGUUCUGCAGGAUUCUGUGAAAUUAGUUUAAUGCAGCCUUUAGAUGUAGUGAAAACACGACUGCAACUUCAAAGUCAUUCAAAUGUUGCCCCUGAGGAUCAAUAUACGGGUAUUUGGGAUUGCAUCAAAAAAAUACGAAAAAAUGAGGGAGCAAUGGCAUUCUACAAAGGCAUAUUACCACCAAUGAUGGUCGAAAUACCUAAGCGAGCUGUUAAGUUUAUGUUUUUCGAACAAAGUAUACGAUUCUUUUUAUUUGGACAAGAGAAACCUAUGCCAAUUAGUUAUAUACUUGCUGGGGUGUGCUCUGGAAUAGGCGAAGGCACUGUAAUUAAUCCUUUUGAAGUUGUUAAAGUACAACAGCAAGCAGCUCGUGGUAAAAUGGCUGAUAGUGAGGGUGCUAUGGCCGUUGCUAAGAGAAUAAUAGCUCAAAAUGGAUUUGGAUUGAAAGGCAUUAGUAGAGGUUAUUUUGCGACAGUAUGGCGUGAAAUCUUUUUUAAUAUAGUUUAUUUUGGUGUUUAUCGUUCUAUAUUGGACGUUUUGCCAGUAUACCCUGAAAAACCUAAAGAGUUGUUUAAGAAAUUCAUUUGCGGAUUUUCAUGUGCCAUAUUGGGAUGCCUCUUCAAUACACCUUUCGAUAUGGCAAAAUCUACAUUGCAAGGACCAUUAGGUAUGGUUAAAUAUUUCACUAUAUGGGGUACAUUUAAAUCAGCAUAUGCUGACGAUGGAUUAAAGGGAGUGUAUAGAGGUCUCGGACCUCGGUUAUUACGAAUUGGUCCCGGAGGAGCAAUUAUGUUACUGGUGUAUGACCAAGUAUACGGAUUCUUGUAUCGUACUUUCCAUUAUGCAGGCGGCCCCUAAUAAUUAAACAAAAUACAAUAGAUUCAAUAAAUCAAAAAAUAAGUACAAAAAAA